AUGGUGUCGUGGAACCUCUUCCGCAUCCUGGGCGAUCUAUCCCACCUCUCCGCCAAGGGUAUCCUCAUCUUUGCAAUCCAUCGAAAUCGAAGCGCCGAAGGCGUCUCUCUGAUCACGCAGGCGCUGUAUGCUCUCGUCUUCUGCACGCGAUAUCUCGACAUCUUCCGAGAAAAGAUACUAUGGAAUUUCCUCUUCAAGAUAAUCUACAUAGUCUCCUCGUUCUACACCAUUGGCCUCAUGCAGUGGGUGUUUCCACGCUCGAGGGAACGCGAGUUGGCGUGGAAGAUGGGUGCCGGCGUCCUGGCCGUCUCGGCGGCGCUGUCGCCCUUCAUGAUGAUGAUUUUUGAGCAACACUGGCGGUUUCGGACAUGGAUGUGGGUGUUUUCCGAGAUCCUCGAAGCCGGCUGCAUUCUUCCGCAGCUUCUCCUGCUCCGGCAGACCACCGUGCCGACCGUCAUCAAUUCCUUCUACCUGCUUGCGCUGGGGUCCUACCGAGCUCUGUACAUCCUCAACUGGUUCGUCCGCGAACUCGACAUGCGCGGCCAGAAGCCGGACGCUGUCGCCGUCAUCUUUGGCUGCAUCCAGACGGCGCUGUACGUCGACUUCGCCUGGGUCUACUACACAAGGCAGCGGGUCAAGCUUCGUGGCGGAGGCGUGGUCGACGCGGAUGAUUUGCGCCGCGGCUGGCUGCUCCGCCGCAUCUUUGGCAAGAAUGCCGAUUCCCACGAUGACGAGGAGAGCGCACCGGCCCUGGGUGGCAACGACGGGAGGGAAAGCCGACGCCCCUCCCGACCGGGCUGGGGUGCUCGCGGUAUCUCUGUCAGCGCCGACGAGGACGUCUUUCACGAUGACCAACACCGCGACGACGAGGGCUUGCAAGAACGCGUCGAUCCAGACGCAAAGAUGCAGGAUCCCGACGAGCUAGCCAAAGCUCUGGACGACGACGACGACGACGGCGACGACGUCGGCGACGAGGAGGGCACUGCCACCGCUUCGUCGUCAAAGCCCAGCAAGAAUGUACCCAAUGGCAUGCGAAGUGGCGACGAAUGGCGAGAGUAG